CAAAUCUGAAUAAAAAUGAGUCAAAGACGGAGGCUAAAUCCGAAGGGAGCUAUGGAGUCGAUCGCCGAGUCAUCUGACUCGGGGAUUCACAAGGAGAUAAUUCUCCGUUCGGUUUUUGCUUCCAUGGAGUGGAAUGUUCAAACUUUAUGUCAAAUGUCUUCGGUCAAUCAAAAGCUUCGAGCAAUCGCGAAAAGGCUUUUGUGGAGAGAGAUGUGCAUAUAUCGCGCACCGCGUAUGAUAGCAUCGUUAAUGGACGGUGCGCCAAAUGGUCGUAUUCUAGGCGAAUGGCAUGCUAUAGCGAAAUUGCUGUUCUUCUGUUGCGGGUGCACUUCGACCCGACAUUUCCAAACGGGUCAGUCAUCUCCGGGUCACUUUGUAAAAUCGACCCGGUUUUCGAAGACUUCGGGUCGGAGCUUUUUAGUGAAGAGAUGUAGAACGGAUUUGUUAUACGUGAGUGAUCCGUGUGAGCAUGAAAUUAAGGAUAGGUGUGAUGAUUUGGGUGUUUUUAGAGGGGUAUUUGGGGGAUUUAUGAAGUCGAAGACGAGGGCGUGUUUAAUUAUGAGACAAGUGGAGUUAGAAGACGGAGUGAGGUGUCCCUUUUGUGGGGCCCGGGUUUGGAGCAUGACAGCUGCUCGGCUUGUGCCUAAGAGCGCGGCACGGAGGCUAGGUACGGUUGAAAAUGGGUUGGAGUAUUUUGUGUGUGUGAAUGGGCAUUUACAUGGGAGUUGUUGGCUUGUGCCUUUAUCGUCUGAUGAAGAUGAUGAAAAAGACGUUGACGGUGAUGAUGAAGAUAACGGCAGAGUUGGCGGUUUUCAUGGGAACCGGAUUGCAAGUUAAUGUAUCUGUGAGUUGGUCAAAAGAACGUGCCCACAUCGUAAUGGGUUUUGAAUAGUGAUGGCUUUGUUGAUGAGACAGAGUGAAAACAAGGAAAAGGGGAUAGUUUUGUGGUUUGUCGAAAUGCUUGAUUAAAGAGCUUGUCCUAAGAUGGAAGAUAUUAUUUACAUAAAUAAAGGUGGCAUUUGUUUUGAAAAUUUUGAAGAAGAGUUCUUUUGAAAAUCAUUUUAUAAUUUGUUGCCAGAAGAAAUUCUCAACCAAACACCAAAAGAGAAUUUUUUGCUUUUUAAUUUUUACGAAAACAAAAAGUCAAUUUUUGAGGUAUUUUUUGGUUUUUGUAAAAAUUAAAAGAAAAAACCAUUAUUCCUUGAUGUUUGGUUGAAAAAAUAAGUACUACUAACUUUUAUAGAAGGUCCAAAACGUUUUUGCAAAAUUUCUUCUUCAAAUUUUUGAAACAAUUACCUUAACUUCGCCAGCUGAUCCGUCAAAAAGUAGUACUAGUAGUAUUAGUCAUGCAUUUUAUCCAGAGUUAUAAUGGUCCCAAAAAUGAUAUUGGAAAUAGUCACUUUGAAGUUGUUCCCACUUGAAAAAAAAACUAGACUCCCAUUUUAAAAUAAAGAUUUUCGCUGAGGGUCUGGAAUUGCGGUGAUAAUAAUCCAUCUCAUGAAGCGAGUGCCAGACAGCCAGCAAACGAACUUGGGCGGCUGGCGGAAGUGAAGGCCAUGGCACUUGACGAUUAUGUAAAGGGGCAACACAUAAGAGCAAUGAAGAGUAUCUAUCAUGUGCAAGAAUGGGACAUCUGAUUGAAUAAAUGAAUUUCUCUCUCUUGUGGCCAUUCAAUGAAUGUAUUGUUGUUUUCUUUAAUUACUGUUUUAUAAGUAUGAUAUUGGAGUUAUAAAUGACCUAUGUUUAU